AUGACAACCUCUUGGAGUGAUCGGCUCCAGAAUUAUGCAGACCUUCCUGCCAACAUGGACGGUUUAUCUGUGAAGAAGUUCAAAAGAGAGGUGCAUCAGAGCUUACCACAGGAACUGGCGCACUGUCAUCCUUCUACGAGAGUUUUUGUCAAUAGAAGUUUGGCAAUGGAGAAGAUCAAAUGCUUUGGCUUUGAUAUGGACUACACUCUAGCAGUGUAUAAGUCUCCAGAGUAUGAAUCUCUUGGCUUUGAUCUGACUGUGGAAAGACUGGUUUCCAUUGGUUACCCACAAGAGCUGCUAAACUUUGUCUAUGACCCUGCUUUUCCCACAAGAGGCUUGGUGUUUGAUACGAUGUAUGGAAACCUGCUGAAAGUAGAUGCGUAUGGAAACAUCCUUGUGUGCGCUCAUGGUUUUAACUUCAUGCGUGGACCAGAGAUAAGAGAGCUGUACCCAAACAAGUUCAUUCAGCGGGGAGAUACAGAGCGAUUCUACAUCCUCAACACACUUUUCAACCUCCCAGAGACAUACCUCUUUGCCUGCCUGGUUGACUUCUUCACUAGUUGCUCCAGAUAUACAAGUUGUGAGAUGGGCUUUAAAGAUGGAGAUCUUUUCAUGUCUUAUAAGAGCAUGUUUCAGGAUGUCAGAGAUGCUGUGGAUUGGGUCCAUUUCAAGGGCUCGCUCAAAGAGAAAACGGUUGAAAAUAUGGAGAAAUAUGUGGUGAAGGAUGCCAAAUUACCGUUGCUUCUAAGCCGAAUGAACGAAGUUGACAAAGUGUUCCUUGUUACCAACAGUGACUACAAAUACACAGAUAAAAUCAUGACAUACUUGUUUGAUUUUCCACAUGGUCCCAAAGCUGGUAUGCCUCAUCGGCCCUGGCAGUCCUACUUUGACGUUAUUGUGGUGGAUGCCAGGAAGCCAGUGUUCUUCGGAGAGGGCACAGUCCUGAGACAGGUGGACACGACUACUGGAAGACUGAAGAUCGGAACAUAUACAGGUCCCUUGCAGCAUGGCAUUGUAUAUUCUGGUGGUUCCUCAGACAUAGUUUGUGACCUACUUGGAGCAAAAGGAAAGGACAUCUUGUACAUCGGUGACCACAUCUUUGGAGACAUCUUGAAGUCUAAGAAGCGUCAGGGCUGGAGAACGUUCCUGGUGAUUCCUGAGCUGGCUCAGGAGCUGCACGUGUGGACCGACAAGAGCACGCUGUUUGAGGAACUCCAGAGUCUGGACAUUUUCCUGGCAGAGCUCUAUAAGCAUUUGGACAGCAGCAGUAAUGAGAGACCUGAUAUCAGCUCUCUUCAGAGGAGGAUUAAGAAAGUGACCCAUGACAUGGACAUGUGCUAUGGAAUGAUGGGAAGUCUGUUCCGCAGCGGCUCUCGUCAGACUCUCUUUGCCUCUCAAGUAAUGCGUUAUGCAGACCUAUACGCUGCGUCUUUCAUCAAUCUCCUGUACUACCCUUUCAGCUACCUGUUCAGAGCUGCCCACGUCCUGAUGCCUCAUGAGUCCACCGUGGAGCACACUCACGUGGACAUCAACGACAUAGAGUCGCCCAUGGCCACACGCAACCGCCACUCUAUCGAUUUCAGAGACCGUGAGUGCAAGAGACACCAGCUGACCCGCUCCAUCAGUGAAAUCAAUCCUCCACACCUCUUCCCCCUGACGCCACAGGAGAUCACGCACUGCCACGAUGAGGAUGACGAUGAGGAGGAAGAGGAAGAGGAGGAAGAAUAAGCCUGUGGCAUUGCUGUUAACUGGAUUCGGGUUUCUAAGAGACGUUUCUGCAGUUUAAAUAAGUAUAAUCAUUACAUUCACACUCAGCCAUAUAUUUUCUAGAGAUAUAAGAGAGAUGUUUAUUUCUUGCAAAAGAUAUUACAUAUUUUAGAGUUUAAGACCUGAUGAGAGUAUGAUGCUAGCACUAGGUUUUGAUGGUUCUAGCUUCUUAUUUUUGAAAGAGGUUUACAGAUGGCAUCACUUUAAAACAUGGAAAUUACAGAAUCAGUUACAAUGAUAUUCGCAUGACAUUGAGAGAACAAAUAACAGUUACUAGGUACAUCAUUGACUUAAGCUUGACGAACAUGCAUGAACGCUUAUUUUGUGGCUCCUUGAAGUAUUAACUUGACCUUCAGAAUUUGGAUAAGAGCCAUGCAUAGCAUGCUGGGAAAUGUCACACCAACAAUACAGCUUGCUCGGUAUCUGUCUGGCUGCCUGUUAAGUGCUGUAACAUCGCAGCCAUCUUUUCAAAACUGGACGUAUGCAAAUUGGUGUCAGAUAAUUGGGUGAAAAAUGGAACAUGCCAUUUUAUGCAGAGUGAGACACAGGGUUUGAGGUCAGGUACUAGAUACUGAAGUGUAGUAACGGUUUGGGAGAUGACGUCAACUCUGAAAUCUCCCUGUAUGCCUUAUGCACUCGCCAUGAUCACUGUGUUAAUAUUAGACCAUGAUUCUAGAGCUUAGAUUCAUUAUUUACUAUUUUUAUAUCCACUGACAGAAAGUUAGUUUGUUUGCAGUAAAGUUGUUCAUUAUUAGUGUAACGGUUUGUUUUUGGCAGCUGGCCGUGAUUAAAGAUUGAGAGCUGGUCUGAAUGUUUGCCACAAAGCCUUGUCGGUGACAGUGGACCAAAGGGAAGCUCGUCUAUGCAUCACGCUCUGUCAUAAUGAACAUUUGUAUAUUCAUACAGAAACAGACAAGAUCCUGAAACUUUGUAUUUGAUUGACAUGGUACUCCGUUUAGCAUUAGAAGUGGUUUUGUCUUUUUUUAUUGUUUUAAAUCAAAAAGGGAAUUUAUGACGGGUCCAUGCUGCUUUGGAACGCCAUACCAUGUGUCACUCAUAUAUACUGUAUUGGUUUAUUUUGAACAGUGUUGUUGAUUUUGAAUCAGAGUUUAAUCAAAGUCAUCUUGCCAAUGUAAUAUGUGAAGGGACGCUUUCAUAACCAAAGACUGUUAUUAGCAUCCUUCAUUGAAAUUCACAGAUGCGGUUGAAGAUUAUUGAUUUUGUUGCUGUAUGUGUGAUAGUGUUAUAUUUAACCUAAUCAAACAGCCAUGUUUAUUUUUUGUUUGUUUUUUUCAUUCAGGUUAAAUAUGCUGUAAUAUUGAAGUGUAGUAUGUAUGUGAUUCAUCUGUACUUUUUAUUGUUUGAAACAUCUGGUUUUGUUUGAUAUUUGAGCGCAAGGCCUGUGAAUCCCUUGCUCAAAUUGUUUCCUUUUACUAUUGUUUCAUCAACAUAUCUUGCAGGAUUUAUUUAGUUUGUAUUAAGUUUAUGUUGUGCUUUACUGUAAAACUAACUGUUAUAACAGACAAUGUGUGAGGAUUAGAUCUUGCUGUAGUUUUAAUGUAGAAAUAACUCAGAAUGCUUUCCAGUCGGAAAUAUUUUCAUUUUUGUUUUCCAUUGUACACAGGAUUGGUUUUCAGUGCUUUGGCUUGUUGCAUAUGAAUAUAAUAAAGUUCCUGACAUGCAG